CUGACGAACAAAGUCAAUACCAAAACAAUCAAUGUAAUCUGUGAUUACUUGUGUCAACUUCUUUUUCUGUGUUCCCCGGUUCUAAUAAUGGCUCCAGCUCAGCCCAAGGCGGUGGCUAAGGCCCCCGCUGCCCCAGCAGGCGGUGUUCAGAAGGCCAAGAAGGUUGGCAAACCAAGGAACUAUGAUUUGGGAAAUGGAAUCAUGAGAUUCUCCAAGACCAAAAUGUUUCACAAGAAGGCUAAGUACAAGUUCAUCGGCAAGAAGCACCCCAAGGCUGAGAAACCCAAGAAACCAGCAGUGGUUGUUAAGCCUAUCGGUGGAGACAAAAAUGGAGGCACUCGUAGGGUUCUGAUCAAGAAGAGGAGGUCUUUCUACCCUACCCAGGACAAAAUCACCACCCGUUCCCACCACAAGACGUUCAGCAAGCACGUGCGUCGCAUUCGGCCAAACCUCACUCCUGGUACCGUGUGCAUUCUGUUGGCUGGUAGACACGCCGGCAAACGCGUCGUACUCUUAUCCGUGUUGCCCAGUGGACUCUUGCUUGUCACUGGACCUUUUGCUUUCAACUCGUGCCCGCUUCGCCGCAUUCCGCAGCGUUAUGUGAUCGGAACUAGCACCAAGGUGGACUUGGGUGACUUCAAGCUCCCCGAACAUCUAGACGACGCUUACUUCAAGAAGAACAAGAAGAGCGUCAAGCGUAGCGUGAAGCGCAAGCAAGGCGAGGACAUCUUCGCUACCAAGAAAGAGAAAUAUGCACCAUCAGAACAGCGCAAGGUUGACCAGAAGGCAGUGGAUGAGGCCGUGAUCAAGGCUAUCGGUGCACGUGCUGACAAGAAGUUGCUUCGAGGAUACCUCAAGUCCUCGUUCGGACUGCGGUCCAGCCAGUACCCUCACCGGCUACGGUUCUAG